UAAAAUGCUCCUCCCGACAUGCAUCUGUGUUUACCGUCGCCAAGCAAUGGGAGGUCCUCUACGGUCAGCGGAUCAGCAGUCUGUCUCAAGCCUCAAAACACACGUUCUCUGAUAUUACUGUGUGAACAAAUCAGACAUGUCGUCCCUAAAGGGAAUAGAUCCUCAGCUGAAGCGUUACCUGCGGCGGCACCAUGUACCUGAUGUGUUCGAGUGCAUCAUUACUGGACUGGCCAUGAAUUGCCCUGAGGACUCCCUGCGCUUCAUUGUUGACAAACUUCGUCUUCUGAUAGACACCAACUUUGAUGGCAUGCAAUGGGACAUGUUUGUAGAAGAAGCCUUGAAACCCAGCAGGAAGAUUGUAACAGAGAGUUACCUGGAGCAGCUCUUUAACUGUGACGAGAAUGUACAGCCAACACCCGAAAUGUACCACAAGGCAUAUGACUUCUAUAAUGACAAAAAGAAGAAGAUGUGUUUUUAUGCAUGGCUGCAGUACCACAUGAUGAAGAAAAGGAAGAGACUGGAGAUGAUGCGACGGAUGGAGGAAGCAAGGCACUACUACAGGCACAGAGUCAUGAAUGUGCACUUCACCAAAUGGCUGGACUGGACCAGAUUUGUCAAUAGAAGAAAUGCAGAGGGCUUUAUGAAGAUCAAGUUUGUGUACCACACCUCCCUGUGCAGACUCAUCUUCAAGUCCUGGUUCUCAGUCAUGAAGGAUGCUCUCAGGACAAGGGAAUACUUUGAGCGUCUGGAGCGAGGAGAGAUUGUUGAAGGGGACAAUCCGCUAGCUGCUCGAGUGGGAGGGGAGACCAGAGAUGAGAUUUCUCUCCUACCCAGGAAAGCAGCUCUUAAGGUGUUUGCCUACAUUGACAUUGCAGACCUGGUGAGAUGUGCGCGUGUUUGUCGCUCGUGGAAGGUUCUGACACAAUCACCAGCUCUCUGGACCAAAGUCAACUUGUCCACGGUCAAGAACAAAGUUACUGAUCCAGUUGUGAUCCAGAUGUUGCAAAAGUGUCGGCCGUACCUCGUCCACCUCAACCUCAGAGGCUGUGGGGGUGUCCGCAGGGCCAGCUUCAAUGUUAUUAGCCAGUGCAAGAAUCUUCAGGACUUGAACUUGUCUGAGUGUAAAAGUCUUUCAGAUGACUCCCUCAGACAGAUAGCUGAAGGCUGCCGAGCCCUCCUCUACCUGAACGUGUCAUACACUGACAUUAGUGAUGGGGCCAUGCGGGCCUUGGCAAGGUCUUGUCUAAACAUGCAGUACUUGAGCUUGGCCUACUGUCAGAAGUUCACAGAUAAGGGCCUGCACUACCUGACUACAGGCAAGGGCUGUCGGAAACUCAUCCACCUGGACCUGUCAGGGUGUACACAGCUCACCUCUGUGGGGUUCCACCAUGUCUCCGUGGGCUGCCCUACUGUUCAGUCCUUAGUGCUGAAUGACUUGCCGAUGCUGACAGAUGAUCAUAUACUGGAGAUGACUGACAGGUGUCAAUCUAUCCGUGCCCUUUGCCUGCUGGGGUCAGCAAAUCUGUCAGACACUGCCUUCAAGGCCCUGGCUCAACACAGAAGACUGCAGAAACUCCGAGUUGAAGGGAAUAACAGGAUCACUGAUAGUGUGGUGAAGACGUUGGUGAAACUCUGUCAUCAGAUGAACCAUGUGUACCUGGCUGACUGUCCCAGGCUAACAGAUAUCUCUCUCAAGAACCUUGCCAUGCUGAAAAACAUCUCAGUUUUAAAUGUGGCUGACUGUAUCAGGCUGAGUGACUCGGGAGUGCGUCAAGUGGUGGAGGGUCCGUCUGGUGCCAGGAUCAGGGAAAUGAACCUGACCAACUGUGUCAGAGUUAGUGAUGUUUCUCUCCUCAGAAUAGCACAAAAGUGCCAGAAUCUCACAUUCCUUAGUGUUUGUUAUUGUGAGCACAUUACUGAUGCAGGCAUUGAACUGCUAGGGAACAUGCCCAACCUGACUUCAGUGGACCUGUCUGGUACCCAUAUUGGGGACACAGGUCUGGCUGCUCUGGGCAGCAGUGGAAGGGUGCGGGAUGUGACAGUGUCAGAGUGUGAAGGUGUAACAGACUUGGGACUGCAGAAGUUUUGUGCACAGGUGCGGGAACUGGAGAUGCUGGACAUUUCCCACUGCCAGGCUAUCACAGAUACAGGGAUCAAGAGUAUGGCGUUUUGUUGCCGUAUGCUGACUCAUCUCAACUUCUGUGGAUGUCUGCAGCUGACUGACUUGUCCAUGCAGUACGUGUCAGGUGUAUGCCGGUACCUGCAUGUUUUGGACAUCUCCGGCUGCUGGCAAGUCAGUGACAAGUCAUUGAAGUAUCUUAGAAAAGGUUGUAAGCAGCUAAAGAUGCUGACCAUGCUCUACUGCAAGAACAUCACAAAACCAGCAGUCAAUAAGAUCCGAGGUAAGGUGGAGCAGGUGGAGUACAGCACAGAUGAAGUUCCUGCCUACUUCAACUACUCCAAAAAGUAGUUGACACCAACAUAACGGGCUCCUGCAUCUGUACAACCAGUGUGUUCUUCUAUAAUUGUUGACCAGACUUGUAUGUAAAUAUCACUACAGUGACGUGUAUAGAUGAAUUGUGAGAUCAUCUUUGACCUCAGUUACCUUUUAUAUACUUAGUCCUUUUUCACUUGGUAGUAAUUUAAAAGUAAAGUAAACCUUAUUUUCAUGUGUUAGAACUAGACUGUUGCAUUCUAUGUUGACACUUUUAAGCUUAUUGAUGAUUAUUUCUUUCUUUUAUAUAUGUACUACGUGGAUAUGAGGCACUUUUUUGCCCAAAAACAAUAUGCUGUCUCACUUUGUAUUUGCAUACAAAAGUUACCAUUGCGGCAAAUGUGUCCAAGUACUUAGUACUAUCAAGGACAUUAUAAUGUCCUUGGUACUAUGUUGCAAAAUGACAGUUCUGAUAUAAGGGACCAUUCAUUUUUCAUGGAGGAGCUCAUAGCAUUCUUGACUUAGAAAAAUAUUGCCUCAAAGCUACAUGCAAACUGAGUUAAAGGUUUACUGAAAGAGCUGAAAGAUCAUAUGCUAACUGUGGGAAGCGGUGUGGCUAGCAACACCU